AUGGAUCAUUAAUAUAGUGAUUCUUUUUGUGAUAAUGAUUACAUAUAAGUUGGAAUUAGAAAUAUGUUGGUUUAUAUCAAAGCUUGUCAUCCAACUUGUUUAACUUGCAAUGGCUAUACUGAAUCGGAUUGUUUAACUUGUUUUGAUAGUUAAACUGUAUAAUUUGGACAAUGCAAAUGCAUUGAUUCAUAAUAAUUUUCAUAAACUUUUAUAGGUUGUAGAUAAGAAUGUAGUCGAGAUAAUUCUAUAGCUCGUUAUGAUAAAAUAUGUGUAGAAGACACUAGAAUAAAAUCAAAGUUUACCUUAUUUUAAGAUAAUAUAAUUCCUCAGUAAGAACAAAGAUAUUUGCCAUUAGUAUUUAGAAAUGAUGAAUUUCACCCAAAAAACACAGAUUUAAUAUUUGAAAAUUGUAAUGGAAUAAGUUUUAUAGGGAAACUCUAAUAUAGCGAAGGAAUUCUUUAUCAAAUGAGCCUAGAAAAUGCAGUUAAAUUUAUAAGAGUUCGUAUAACAUUUUAUUUGUUUAAUUUUCGAUAGACAAGUGAAAUUUAAAUUUUACACAAUAAUCAAUUACAAAGUAGAGUAAUAAAAGAUUCAUCAGGUUUCAAAGUUGAAAAUUCAUUAAAAAUUUUUGAGUUAGCUGAGAAUUGUGGAACUAGUUAUACUUUGUUAAGAGUAGAGAUGACAUUUUAAGUCUUUAAUGCUAAUCCUGUUAUUUACUUUUAAGGAUAACUUUAAUAAGAAAAUGAAUUUUGGGGAUUGAGAAAUGUUACUGUUGAUACUGGAUUUUGUUAAGAAAAUUGUUUGAUUUGUUCAGGAUUUUCUACUUGUUCAUAAUGUGAUUCAGUAUAUAGAUUAUAUAAAAAUUAAUGUGUUUAAACUUGCCCGAUUCAUUCAUCAAAUUGCUUAGAUUAUGAAGAUAUAAUUCCGUGUAAAAUAUAUUAUAUAUUUUAGAUUCAAGUUACUUAGCCAAAGGAUUUUAUAAUUUAAACAUGACUUAUGAUGAAAUAGAAGAAUUCUAUGAUUCAACCACUGAUCCAUCUCAUAGUUUAUCAACCAGAUAAAAAUUUUCAUUUUUAAAUAGUAAAAUAGUAUUAGGGGGCUUAUUGGUUUGGAAUGAUGGAUCAUACAUAAAGACAUGGAAUAUUUAAAAACCUCAUUAUGCUGUGUCUAUAUAUUUUAAUUUAACUUAUGGAGAUGGAUACACUGGAUCGUUUAAAUAUAAGGUAGGUUCAUCAAGUAAUUCAUAUUCAUCAUUAUUUUAUAAUCCUGGAGGUGAAACAAAUUUAAUUGGUCGUGCUAAUCUUGAAAGCACUGUUUAUUUUAAUGUAAGUUUAACUAAUUUCUAUGAUAACAGUUUAUAUGUUGAAUUUUAAUGUGAUGUUGCAACUACAAAUAUUACUAAAGAAUUUUGUGCAAUAUCAGAGUAUUUCAUUGUUGUUCAUUAUGUAUUAUUAUUAAUUUAAUUUAGUGUCCUCCUUUUUGUUUUGGUUGCACAAGUUUAACAAAUUGUAAUGCGGGUUAUUCUGCCCCUAAUUGUGCAAUUACCUAAUAUUUGGAUUUUAAUUCUACAAAUGAAAUCUAUAGUUGUAAUGAUUGUAUCUAACCAGGAUGUCAUACAUGUAAAAGUUCAGAGGAAUGCACUUAAUGUAAAAAUAAUAAAUUUUAACUAUUAAAUGGAAUAUGCUUGUGUGAUCCAUUUACAUUUUUUUAAGGAGAUGAUUGCAUUAAAUGCAAUAAAUAUUGUGAAAAUUGUUAUGGUAAUUCAUAAUUUAAUUGUCUUACUUGUGUAAGAGAUUAUAAUAGAGGUAUUCAAAGAGAUUAAUGUUUAUGUUUACCUGGAUAUUAUGAUGAUGAAAUAAAUUUGCCAUGUCUUCCUAUUUGUGGAGAUUUAUAAAUAGUAGAAGGAGAGGAUUGUGAUGAUGGGAAUAACAAUCCAUUUGACGGUUGCCAUAAUUGUAAAUUAGGUUGUAAUUUUGCUUGUGAUAUUUGUUUAAAUGGGAAAUGUUAUUAAUGUAAAAGUGGAUAUGAAGUUUAUAAUAAUGACUGUCGAUCUAUUUGUUUAGAAAAUACAAUUACAUUACUCUAAUAAUGUUAAGAUUAGAAAAAUAAUUGUGUUAACUGUUAAUUUUAAUGCUCUCUAAAUUGUAUAGACUGUCGAUUUGGAAGUUGUGUUUAAUGUGAUGAAGAUCAGGGAUGGUACAUUUAAAUAGAUGGUACAUGUAAUUCUAUUUGUGGUGAUGGAAUUGUAUCACAUGAUGAAUAAUGUGAUAAUGGUAAUUACUUUUCUGAUUAAUAAUGUGUGAAUUGUUAAUUAUAAUGUUAAGAAGGAUGUACAGCAUGCAUUAAUGGAGAAUGUUAUUAAUGCAUUUAAAUUGGAUGGUAAUUGAAUGUUCUUGAUAGGAAUUGUUAACCUAUUUGUGGUGAUUUAUUAGUAUUAGGCAAUGAAUAAUGUGAUGAUGGAAACUACGAAGAUGUUGAUGGGUGUGAUAACUGCAACUUUCAACUUUAAGAAUAAUGUAGUCUUUAUGAAAAUGGUUAAUGUAGAGUUUGUAAUGUUGAAGGAUGGGAACUUACUAUUAAUAGAUGCACUACAAUUUGUGGAGAUUAAUUAAUUUUAGGUACAGAAGAAUGUGAAGAUGGAAAUCUCAUUCCUUAUGAUGGAUGUUUUGAAUGCAAAUUUUCAUGUGAAGAAUUAUGUAUUGUAUGUGAAAAAGGAGUUUGCUAAGCUUGUCUUCAACCAGGAUGGAUUAUUAAUCAAUAUAAUAUUUGCAUUACUUAAUGUGGAGAUGGCAUAAUUAUUUAUCCAUAUGAGUAGUGUGAUGAUGGAAAUGAUAUUCCAUACGAUGGUUGCUAUUUGUGUGAAUUUUAAUGUUCUUAAGGCUGUAUUGAAUGUUAAUAAGAACAAUGUAAGAAAUGCGAUUAAUUAUAUCAAAUGGAUUAUUAAACAGCCUAAUGUGUAAACAAAAAUUAAUUAGAUGAUUAAAAUAAUGAUUAAUUAGUUGAGAUAUAGUUUAUAAAUUAAAAUAAUUUUAGAUGUGGAGAAAAUCAAAUUUUAAUUGAUAAUCUAUGUAAUAAUUAAUGUGGAAAUGGUAUAAUCAUAAAUUAAUAUGAAGAAUGUGAUGAUGGAAAUAAUUAUGGAGGAGAUGGAUGUUCUAAUUUAUGUAAUAUUGAACAUUCAUAUCAAUGUUUAAAUUAAUAGAACUCCUUUAGUUUAUGCACAUUCAUUCUAGCUCCUUAGUUUAAUUUGAAUAUUCUAUCCGAAAAAAAAUAAUAAAUUUAAAUUGUUGAGGUAACUUUCACUUAAUAGGUGAAAUUGAAAGAACUCUAAAUUUAGAAGAAAUUAUGGUAUUUAAUAUUAUUCCAUCAACUCGAUUUCAUUUAACCACAAACUUUAUUUCAAAUUUAACAAUUACUUUAGAAAAUCCUAAAUAUUUAAUUUAAAUUGAAUUUAUUGAACCUAUAUAUAACCCGAUUUUGCAAGUUGAUAUACAGAAAAAUAUUAUAUUUAAUCAAUAUGAAUUAAGUUUGUAAAAUAAUAAUAAAACCCUUAAUCUUGGCACUCCAUUUGUUCUCUCAGAAACAACUAAAUAAUAAUUAAUAUCCAUCGUAUAAUUAAAUGAUGUCAUGAUGUAUUCUAUGGCAGGAGUAUCUAGUAUGGCUUUGGUAACAGGAAAUGCAAUUAUGUUUUAUUAGAGCUAUUAUAGUCAUUAUCUUACUUGAGAUAUAUGAAAGGUUAAUUCCCACCACAUUUAAAUUAUUUUUUAAAUACAUACACUAAAAUCUCUAUGCAACCUAUUUUUGAUUAUUUCUAGGUAGAUCAAUUAUUGAAUGAAUUAAAGGGAGGAAAUACUUCAAAUCAAGUAACUAAUAAAUUACAAGAAGAUCAGGACAUAAUUUUUGAUUAACCAUAUUUGUUAAAUGUCAAAAGUUGUUAUUUUUCUAUAAUAUCAUCUCUAUUAACUUACCUUAUUUAUUGUUAAUUAACAUCUGAAAGCUUAGAAAAAUCUAUUAAGUAACUCCAAUCAAAAUUUUAAUAAAAUUUAAAAAUCUUGAAAUUUAUAACUAUAUUUUAAAGAAAGAUAUAGAAAAAGUGUCUAAUAGAAAAAUAGGAAUAUUUUUCUAAUGGAAUAUUUAAGCUUUAUUUUGCAAUUCUCCAUUAAUUUAUGUUUAGUGCAAUUUUAUAGUUUCCAAAUUACUAAUUUGACUCGCUAUUCUCAAUUUUUAACAGUAUUAAUGCUAUUUUUGGAUUAUUGUUGAUUUUGAUAUCUAAUUUAUAGCUGCUUUAAAUUACUACGGCUAAAAUAAAAAAUAUAUGGAAGUGGAAAUAUUUUUAUUAUGAGACUAAAAAGGGAUUUUGGGCAACUUAAUUUAAGCCUUUUUAAUUUUACAAAAUCUUUUCUUAUAUUUUUAUUAUUGUAAAAUUAAGAGACAUUCCAGAAGCCUAAUCAAUUCUACUUUCAAUUCAAUCAUUACUUUUCUUUAUUUACAUGAUAAAGUUUAAGCCAUUGAAAUCUCUAUUUGAACUUUCCAAGCUCAUAUGUAGAGAAUUUUUAUUAAUGAUCAUUUCAGGAACAUUCUUGGCUUAUAGUUUUGAGUUAAGCUAAGAUAAUUUUAUCCUGAUAGGUUGGAUUCAUAUUAGCCUUUUUUCUACUAUUAUGGCUUCUAAUUUGUUUAUAGAUUUAUUUUUAUAACUCAAGAGAAUAUAUGAUAAUUAUUUAUAAAACAAAAUUAAGCAAAAAAAUAAAUAGGAGAGAGAAUAUCAAUUCUAACAUUUAUAGGGAUUUUAAAUUAAUAAAAAUGAUUUAUGA